UUUUUGUCUUCCUUUCCAGGUACUCCUCAAAGCCAAGGCCGUCACUCACAACAACUCACAAGACAGACAAGCUUCUAGGCCCUCGUCAGAGUCAAUCACAUCAAUCGGUGAAAUGGUGCUCACCCUGGUGCUGGUGAUGAGCUUGAUGUGUUCGCCGGGGAUUGCAACACGCGAAGGCUUCGAUGAGGAAUCACCAGACGCCUGCCCGGCCAUCAACUCCGGCUCUCUGGACGGCAUCGUUGAGCGGCUGACUCGCGUGGACGACCACCUGGGCGGCCUGGCGAGCACUUUGGAGCAGGAGCGGGCCAGCAUGAAGCAGCAGCUGACCAGUGUCCGACAUGAGCUCACACAGGACCUGCGCAAGGCGGGUCAAGAAUUGGAGCGAUUCCGGCGGCUCCAACGACACGCUUCACCAUUCCAGAGUGACGAAAUUGCUGUUCAGAGAGGGCUUGCAGGGCUGCUGUUUUGGUGCCUCUUCCCCUUUUUUGUCCUGUUUUCCUACUACUGCGACCUGUACUUCUCCUCGCCGAGCGGCAGUCACGGUCAAGGUCACCUCACGUAUGUGGAGAACUCGCUGUGGUUCGUCGGGGUUGCCGCCCUCUGCGUUCCUCUGUCGUACGUGGCACACCCGCCCUGGCUCUUCCGGUGGACCCUGGCGGCCAUGGCCAUGUGUCUUCUGUACAUCGUGACCUUCAAGCACGACAUCCAGUGCAAGGCCUGCGCACACACGAGGGCGGCGCCAAAUGCGAAGCAGUCCUAGUGAGAAGAAGAAGACGCGUCGUACCGAGGGAGAGGGAGGAAGGGAGGGGAUCAAUGAGUGACGGGGGAAAUAGCUUGUUGGUUUCUGGUGUCGAUGGCUUGCUCGCUUCAUGUGUUGUUGUCGGGGAUUUGCUGCUCGGUGAGUGAGUCUGGUUUGUGGCAACAAUCAGUGUUCGUUGAUAGCUGUAUCUGAUGUGAUGUGACGUGACUGAUCUUCGGCAGUUUUUAAGCCAUUCAUGUCGUUCCCUGUAUUGUAUUUAUAGGUAGGUGCUGUCUGUCUGUGGUGUGUGCAUGCAACGACGGUGUACAGAACGCUCAGAUUGCUCCAGUGCCCUCGAGCGAGUAUUUACUGCUCUCUGCCUGGUGAUGAUACCUAGUUUACCAGACUUGAUUGCCUCCUCAUGGAUGAAAGCUAAUGAAACCAUCAUGUAUUUGAUUCAGUUCACAAACCACAGGCACUUCCAUCGUUUCAUUCUUUGCACCCAUCAGCUUAGUUUCCUU